AUGGAUCAGUCUGGAAACACACAGACCCAGCCUCAACACGAACCCAUCAGCUUCGGCAUCGACCAGAUCCUCAGCGGCUCUGACCAGGAGAGCUGCCUGCAGACUGGCGCCAGAGUGUCCGAGGCCGGUUACCUGCCCAAUCCGGCCGGCGGCGCCUACCCGACCCUCGCCCCUUCCUACCCGGCCAUGGGAGCUACGUACGAGGACAGUCUGUCCGGAUCUUACAGUGUUAACCUGAGUAUGAACGUCAACGGCUUGGCUUCUGCCGGGGUGAUCAGAGUGCCGGCGCACCGGCCCAUCCCGCAGGCCGCAAUGCCCAACGUACCCAGCAUUGGCAGCGUGGCUGGGCUCAGCGGUCUGAACUUUCCUUGGAUGGAGAGCAGCAGGCGGUUUGCUAAGGACAGGCUAACAGCAGCGACCGCCUUGACCCCUUUCACAGUGACACGGCGGAUCGGUCACCCUUAUCAGAACAGGACUCCUCCGAAACGAAAGAAGCCGCGAACCUCCUUCACCCGGAUCCAGAUCUGUGAGCUGGAGAAGAGGUUCCAUCGCCAGAAGUACCUGGCCUCGGCGGAGAGAGCGGCGCUCGCCAAAUCCCUCAAAAUGACAGACGCCCAAGUCAAAACUUGGUUCCAGAACAGGAGAACUAAAUGGAGACGGCAGACGGCGGAAGAGAGGGAAGCCGAGAGACAGCAGGCCAACAGAUUGAUGUUACAGCUCCAACACGACGCCUUCCAGAAGUCCCUCAACGACUCCAUCCAGCCCGACCCUCUCUGCCUGCACAACUCGUCACUGUACGCGCUGCAGAACCUGCAGCCCUGGGCCGAGGAGAACAGCAAGAUCCCAGUCGUCACGUCUUUAGUGUGA